GGAGGGGACAGCAGGGGACAGCAGGGGACAGCAGGGGCUGCGGGGCCCUCGGGGGGCCGGGAUGCGUGGACGGUGCCGGACGGUGGCGAUGGCGUCGGAUGAGCGGCUGGCCCGCUUCCGCCAGGCCCACCUGAACCCCUUCAACAAGAGCCCCGAGCAGCCGGAGCGCCCCGACGGAGCCUCCCCUGCCCCAGCCCAGCAGCCGGAUCCCACCCCAGGGGACCCCGAGGGCGCCCUGGACCUGGGGCUGGCCGAGGACCACUUCUCCCGGCCCGUGGGGCUGAUCCUGGCGUCGGACGUGCCGCAGCUGCGCCGGGCCAUCGAGGAGUGCAAGCGGGUGAUCCUGGCGCUGCCCGAGCACUCCGAGCGACAGAAGGACGCCGUGGUCCGGCUCAUCCACCUCCGCCUCAAGCUGCAGGAGCUGAAGGACCCUGGUGAGGAUGAGCCCAACAUCCGGGUGGUGCUGGAGCAUCGUUUCUACAAGGAGAAGAGUAAGAGCGUCAAGCAGAUGUGUGACAAGUGCAGCACCAUCAUCUGGGGGCUCAUCCAGACCUGGUACACCUGCACAGGCUGCUACUACCGCUGCCACAGCAAGUGCCUGCCGCUGGUGAGCCGGCCGUGCGUGCGGGCCCAGGUCAGCCACCAGGCCGAGUACCAGCUCAGCAUCUGCCCCGAGAGCGGGCUGGACAGCCAGGACUACCGCUGCGCCGAGUGCCGGGCCCCCAUCUCCCUGCGUGUCACGGUGCAGCAUGAGGUACCUGGCACUGAUGGUGUCACGGCCGGUGCUGAAGCUGCGGGAGAUCAACCCACUGCUCUUCAACUACGUGGAGGAGCUGGUGGAGAUCCGGAAGCUGCGCCAGGACAUCCUGCUGAUGAAGCCCUACUUCAUCACCUGCAAGGAGGCGAUGGAGGCGCGGCUGCUGCUGCAGCUGCAGGACCGGCAGCACUUUGUGGAGAACGACGAGAUGUACUCGCUGCAGGACCUGAUCGACAUCGAGGCCGGGCGCCUGGGCUGCUCGCUCACCGAGAUCCACACGCUCUUUGCCAAGCACAUCAAGCUGGACUGCGAGCGAUGCCAGGCCAAGGGCUUCGUCUGCGAGCUGUGCCGGGAGGGCGACGUGCUCUUCCCCUUCGACAGCCACACCUCGGUCUGCGCCGACUGCUCUGCCGUCUUCCACAGGGACUGCUACUACGACAACUCCACCACCUGCCCGCGCUGCGCCCGGCUGAGCCUGCGGAAGCAAUCCCUGUUCCAGGACUCCGGCACGGAGGCAGAGCCCUGAAGGGGGUCUGGCCCCACUGUGGGGUCUCAGGCCCAGGGCUGCCCCCCACCCACCACAGGGCCCUGGGAUGGACACAGUCAGCCCAGUGGGGGUUUGGGGACUGGGGUGGCCCCGGCUCCGGGAUGCUCUGCUCGUGGACGUGGCAGCACUGCCGGGAGGGAAUCACUGCUGGAGCCCAGCCCUUCCCGGGAGCAUGGAGAGCCUCACCGGAGGGCCGGGAUCGGGUUAGCUGGGAUCCGGUAAAGGCCCCACAGCGGCUCCUGCCGUCCCUGCCUGGAACCGGGCUGCUGCUGCGCGGCCCUGCGGUGACAGCUGCUGGCAGGAGGGCUCAGCCCUGGCACCGCCGUGGGACCGAGUCCCUGCCGCACACAGUACCGGACUCUGCUCCCUCCCCAGCCCACCGUUACCGGGGCCGAGCUGCGGGGGGAUGCUGCGGGAUCCUCCCGGGGCUGGACCGGGUGCGGUGUGGAGCCGCUGCCUCCCCUUCUCCCGGUGUUUCCUGUAGCAUUAAGGAGCCUCUUUGCGCAACCCAGCACUCGUGUCCCUGCUUCGGGCGGCGGCGGGGGGCACCGGGGCACGGGCAGGAUGUGCGAAUGCCCGGGGGCGGCAGCCCGGGAGCUCCCGCCGAGGCUGGGGCUGCCGGGGGCGAGCACCGGCACCGACCCGACCCCGGGCCGCUCCGCGGGCCAGCGCCGCCCGCGGGACGGUAAUUGCGCUGCGCGACGUGGUCGGGGAUGUGCCGCAGUCACCGCCGGUCUCCCGCCCACCGAGAGUGGCCGCGGCCACGCUGCCCCGGUACCCGGUACGGCGGGGCACCCCCCUUCCCGCUGCUCCCGAGGUGUUCCG